ACUUUAUUAUAUGUAAAUGUAGUAUGCUUUGCAAAACUAAUCAAUGAACUAAGAAGUAUAUAUUGUAACACAAAAAAAGCACAGGGAAGCGGAAUAAAUUAUUGCCCAGUCAUGUCCAAGCCCACAACUAUUAAAGAUGCCCUUGCCAAGUGGGAGGACCAAAACAAACAGGAGGCGGCCACUGCUACGGAAAUUGGGUUGCAGUUUCGUUAUCCGCCCAUUGAGAAAAUGGACAACAUUCUAAGCACACUGACCGAGUGUCAAAAGUUGAGCCUUUCCUCGAAUAUGAUCGAGAAGAUCUCAGGGAUAGCAGGCAUGAAGAACCUGCGGAUCUUGAGCCUGGCUAGAAACAACUUGAAAACUCUCAAUGGUAUCGAGAGUCUGGCCGAUACACUAGAGGAGCUGUGGGUUAGCUAUAACAACAUCGAGAAGAUCAAGCCCCUCGAGUCGAUGAAGGCCAUCAAGGUUUUCUACAUAUCCUUCAACCUCAUCAAGGACUGGGCGGAGUUCAUGCGUAUGACCGUGCCCCCAAAUCUGGGCGAGAUCACAUUCGUGGGCAACCCCCUGAACGAGAACAUGGAGCCUGCGCUCUUCGUGGCCGAGGCUGUUCGUCGCCUGCCUAAAUUGGAAAAGCUGGACGGGGAGCCAGUUAUUCGCUAGUUAGUGACGUUUGUAAUAGCAUGCAGAAAAAACAGAGUCCUAGUAGUUAUGCCAUCUUGUAAGCUUGAAA